UCUUUUCAGACGCGCAGCGUUAUCGAUAAGCUCGCCGCAAAAUUUUUGGAUCGAUACAGAGCUGCGACGAAAACCGCCAACGCCAACGCCCCAACUCCUUCACAAAACCCAAUUAUCCCAAUUCUUCACCAGCCAGAGCGCUCCCGCUAUUCACAAUGGGGGCUGGCAAGAAGAAUCUCAAGGCGACGAAGAAGUUCGAGAAGAAUCGCCUCACCGGCGUUCUCGACAAGAGAAAGGCCAACGCCAAGGUCAAGCAGCGCCAGCAGAUCAAGGACAAGAAGGUGCUCCGAAAAGCCACCGACUCGGAAUUCUACAAGGGCUCCAAGGAUGGCGCCGAGGGCGAGGUCAAGAAGCCCGCCCCCAAGGGAAAGAAGAUCAACGAAAUGAGCGUCGACGACUUCUUCCAGGGCGGCUUCGACGACAUUAUCGACAACAAGGUCAGCAAGGACGGCAAGCUUGGGAAGCGCAAGAGGGCUGGACCCGAGGGUGACGUCGAGAUGGGCGAGGGCAGCGACUCUGACGAGCCGGCCGGCGCGCAGCCUGUCGCCAGUGACAGCGAGGACGAAGGAGAGGACGACGACGACCUGGGCAUGAGCAGGAAGACCAUGGACGACCUCGCCGAAAAGGACCCCGAAUUCUACAAGUUCCUCGUCGAGAACGACCCUGAGGCCCUAGACUUUGACGACAACGCCGACCUGGCAGAAGUCGACGAGCUCAGCGCUAGCGACGAGGAGUCAGAAGAGCAGCCCAAGAAGAAGCGGAAGAAGGAGAAGAAGACGGACGAGGACGAGGCCGAACCCGUUGGGUCAGGAAGUGAAUUGACCCGCGAGCUUGUCGCCUCAUGGAGGAAAGCCAUGACCGAGAAGAAGUCUCUAAAGGCGGCGCGACGAGUCGUCCUUGCCUUCCGCUGUGCCGCUCUACUCAAUGACGAGGACGAUGACGUAAAGCAGCGAUAUACCAUCAACAGCCCCGAGGUCUACAACGACAUCCUCAUCCUUGCCCUCAAGGAGAUCCCCGUCGUCAUGAACCACCACCUCCCCGUCAAGGAGUCAGCAUCGGGUAAGGUGCACGUCCAGACCGAGUCCAAGAAGUUCCGCACCCUAUCGUUGUUGCUCAAGACGUACACGUCGUCCAUCAUGCACCUCCUCGGUACCCUCUCGGACGACGGGACGCUCAAGCUCACCCUGUCAUCCAUCACUCCCAUCCUGCCUUACCUGCUCUCCUUCAAGAAGCUCAUCAAGGCUCUCGCCAAGGCCGUCGUCAGCUUCUGGGCGCAGCCCGCCAGUUCCGAGACGACCAAGAUCACAGCCUUCCUCGUCAUUCGACGCCUUGUUGUCAUUGGUGACAAGGGAAUCCGUGAGACGGUCCUCAAGGCCGUCUACCAAGGCCUCAUCCAGGGCUGCCGUGUCACCAACGCCAACACCAUCCAGGGCAUCAACCUGAUGAAGAACUCAGCCGCCGAGCUCUGGGGCAUCGACCAGGCUGUCGGGUACACCACGGCCUUCACCUUCAUCCGCCAGCUCGCCAUCCACCUGCGCAACAGCAUUGUGCACAACAAGAACGACGCCUUCCGCAUCGUCUACAACUGGCAGUACACCCACUCCCUCGAUUUCUGGUCCUGCGUCCUCGCUGAGCACUGCAGCCCCCUCAAGGAGGCCGAGUCCGGCAAGGAGAGCCAGCUCAAGCUCCUCAUCUACCCGCUCGUCCAGGUCACCAUGGGCGCCAUGCGCCUCAUCCCCACCGCCCUGUACUUCCCGCUCCGCUUCCACCUCAUCCGCUCUCUUCUUCGUAUCUCCCGCUCCACCGGCACCUUCAUCCCGCUUGCUUCUCCUCUCAUCGAGGUCCUCACCUCGGCCGAGAUGAAGAAGGCCCCGAAAGCCGCCUCCAUCAAGCCAUUCGACUUCGCCGUCGCCUACAAGGCCCCCAAGUCGUUCCUACGCACCCGCGUGUACCAGGACAGCGUCGGCGACCAGGUCGUCGAGCUCCUGAGCGAGUACUUCCUCCUCUGGGCCACCUCCAUCGCCUUCCCGGAGCUCGCCCUCCCCGUCAACAUCCAGAUCAAGCGCUGGCUCAAGCAGGCCCGCCACCGGACCCAGGGCAACAAGAACGCCAAGCUCGUCGGCCAGCUCGUCCUCCUGGUCCAGAAGCUCGAGGCCAACGCCAAGUUCAUCGAGGAGCGCCGCGCAAAGGUCGACUUCGCCCCCAGGGACCGCUCCCAGGUCGAGGCCUUCCUGCGCGACUUUGACCUCGCCAAGACCCCCCUCGGUGCCUACGUUGUCGGACAGCGCAAGGCCCGCGCCGAGCGCGUCAAGUUGUUUGAGGAGGCUAGGCGUGAGGAUGACCGCAAGCGGAGGGCGGAUGAGAAGGCAGAUCUCGAAGACGUGAUCGACAGCGAGGACGAUGACGAGGAGGAAGAUGAUGAGGAUAUGGAGGAUGACAGUGUCGAUGACGACGAUGAGGAUGAAGAGGAUGACGAGGAGUAAAUCAAAAGUCAAUAAUUGGUCUGUACGUAGAAAUGGGCGUGAUUUUCCGCCCGAUAGAGCUGAAUCAAGGAUACCUACCUUUUCUCUGUUUA